UGGGUACGCCAGUGUUCACAUUUCGUGUGCUUAUACUAAUUUGGAUACGCAAAAACACCAUUUGGUAGAUCAUUGCUAGCUUAUACUGCAAGGUUAUAUACUAUGACUGAGUAAGAAGUUUGGUAUAAAUUUUGUCACGUAAGCUCUAAAGGGAGUAAAGGCAAUCAAUGGGCGUAUGACUAUGUUUAUAGAAUAAUAUAAAACUUUGGAUCAGAAAUAAGGAAGAAAGUUUAGGAUACAACUUCUUGGAAGAUUGCCUCAAAUACAAUAUUGGGGAUAUAUUGGCACUUGUGUAUUUGAGUAUCUUACUUGGUACAAGGCUCAACAAGAAAGUCAACAGCACACCAUCUUAGGUCCAUUCUUUUGUUCACUUUUAAUGAAGGAACUUAUCCAGAAGCAUCAAUAUGAAGAAGCAAUACGUAAACUUCUGAUCCCCAUGGAAAGAAGUAUUCCUCUUUGGUUUGAAAAAGAAAGAAGAAGCCGUGGACAUUAGUAUAUUACACAAGUAUGGAAGGGAGUUCUGGCUGAGACAACAAUGCUAUAAUCUUCAUUGGGGAUUGCUCAAUUUUUGGACAGCGUCAAACUCAUUAGGAGAAUAGGAGCUAGCCUUCCACAAAGCACAAAUGGAGGGCUCAAGCUUCUUGUCCCUGAAAGUUUCUCUGAUACUGCUUUCCUGCUUGCUGCAUUGCACAGUAGCUCAUAGUCAGAACACACAUGGAGGUGAUGGGGUACAACCACUUUCCAAGAUUCAAAUCCACAGAGCUGUUUAUGAGCUUCAUGAAAAUGCUUCCCUCAAAGCAUAUCCUGCGCUUCUCGGUCUGAAGGGGGAAGAUUCUGAGUGGGUAACUGUGAAAGUUGAUAGUCCUAAUCCUUCUGGAGAUGACUGGUUGGCAGUUUUUUCACCUGCAAAUUUUAACUCAUCGACUUGUCCAUCUACAGACUCCAGACAACAGGCUCCAUACAUAUGCUCAGCUCCCAUAAAGUACAUGUUUGCCAAUGAUUCCAGUGCUGAUUAUACAAAUACCGGCAAAGGAUUAUUCAAACUUCAACUGAUCAAUCAGAGAGAAGAUUUUUCAUUCGCAUUGUUCUCAGGCGGCCUAUCAAAUCCAAAAUUGGUGGCAGUUUCUAAUGCUGUAAGUUUCCUGAAUCCCAAGGCACCCCUUUACCCACGUCUUGCUCAAGGAAAGCAAUGGGAUGAAAUGACAGUAACCUGGACAAGUGGCUAUAACAUUGAUGAAGCUGUACCUUUUGUUGAAUGGGGUCUAAAGGGAGAGGCUCAAACCCGAUCGCCUGCAGGAACAUUAACUUUUACUCGAGAGACCAUGUGCGGUCCACCAGCACGAACUGUUGGCUGGCGAGAUCCUGGUUUCAUCCACACUAGUUUCUUAAAAGACCUUUGGCCAAAUUCAUUGUACACUUACAAGCUCGGUCAUAGGUCAUCUAAUGGUUCCUAUAUUUGGAGCAAGUCUUACUCUUUCAAGUCAUCACCAUAUCCUGGCCAGGACUCAUUACAGCGGGUAGUUAUAUUUGGAGACAUGGGAAAGGCUGAGCGCGAUGGUUCAAAUGAAUACAGUAAUUAUCAGCCGGGUUCACUCAAUACCACUGAUCAACUUAUCAAAGACCUAAAUAACAUUGACAUAGUUUUCCACAUUGGAGACAUUUCAUAUGCCAAUGGAUACAUCUCACAGUGGGACCAGUUCACAUCACAGGUCGAACCCAUAGCAUCAACAGUACCAUAUAUGAUUGCAAGUGGCAAUCAUGAAAGGGAUACACCAGGGACUGGAUCCUUCUAUAAUGGUAAUGACGCAGGUGGUGAAUGUGGUGUGCUAGCUGAGACUAUGUUUUAUGUUCCUGCUGAGAACCGAGCUAAGUUCUGGUACUCAACAGAUUAUGGCAUGUUCCACUUCUGUGUAGCUGACACUGAACAUGACUGGAGGGAAGGAACUGAGCAGUACAAAUUUAUUGAGAAAUGCCUUGCAUCAGUUGACAGGCAGAAACAGCCUUGGCUGAUAUUCGUUGCUCAUCGUGUUCUUGGUUAUUCCUCUGAAUUAUAUUAUGGGUUGGAUGGUUCGUUUGAAGAGCCAAUGGGUAGGGAAAGCCUGCAAAAGCUGUGGCAAAAGUACAAGGUGGACAUUGCUUUCUAUGGCCAUGUCCAUAACUACGAAAGAAUAUGCCCCAUUUACCAGAAUCAAUGUGUAAACUCGGAAAAAUCCCAUUAUUCCGGUACUGUGAAUGGGACAAUCCACAUUGUUGUUGGAGGUGGAGGCAGUCACUUAUCAGAAUACAGCCCGGUGCAGACUAGUUGGAGCCUUCACAAAGAUCAGGACUUUGGCUUCGUAAAACUCACAGCAUUCAACCACUCAUCACUUCUCAUGGAGUACAAGAAGAGCAGUGAUGGUAACGUCUAUGAUUACUUCACAAUCUCAAGGGACUACAGGGAUGUCUUGGCAUGCGUGCACGACGGUUGUGAGCCAACUACCUUAGCUACGUAAUGAAAUAUAUCAUUGUACACUCUUUUCUGAUCAAACAGUGGAUAUAUUACUUGUGACUUGACAAGAAAUUAGCGACUGGGAAAGUAAGUUAUAUAUACAAUCAAUUCAAAUUUAGAGUUUCUGUAGCAUUUUCGUAACAUUUCAUAGAGUUUCAUAGAAUUUUGCAAGAUUACGCACAAUUAGUAAUAUUUUGUAAAGUAAAACUAACUUAGGAUUUUUAGACCCUUUCACUAUUUGAUUAGAUUCUUUAUGGGUUUUGAUUGUAAUAUUUUGUAGAAUUUUGUACUAUUUCGUAG